ACUCACCAUUUCAGUUCCCAUAUCCUCACCAAUUCACAGGCCAUCAUCUCUCAAGCAAAAAGUCAUGCUGGAUCCCCAUGUCCGGAUCAAGGAGGAGAAACUAGACCUGGUCUUGCAGUUUCUGGGUUGGAGGUUUCAGAAGAGAAGAGGAGAGAGAUCCAUCAGAGCCUAAUCACUGACUGCCAGGGCACCAUGAGCUAUGGAGACUUGCUGCAGGUUCUCCGUGACUGUCUGCAGGAUGAAUUGGAGGAGGCAAGCCUAGAUGCCAGCUGCCUGCUCUUCACCCACUGUGAAGUGGCCAACUUACUCGACACUUCAGCAUUCCACUCCCUGGUCACCAAGGAAGAAGACUUACCAAGGUUCUCCCGAAGCUUAGAACUGGAACAGCUGCAGGACGAGGUAUCAGAAUUGAGGCAAGAGGUCCGGCGUCUGAAGGCACUGUUGGUAGAAGUGGAAACCAGUAAGAAAGUGACAGAAGAGGAACUCCAAAGGAUGAACCAGAAAGUCCUUGGACUCCUGUCUGAGAAUCGCUGUCUUCACAACAAAUUAGACGUGGCAGACGCAGCCCAGCAACAGGCUCACAGUGCUGAACAUGACUACGAGGAGGUCAUUCAUCUUCUGGAACUGAAAUUACGGAGCUUAAGAAACAGUUGUCAGGGAAGAAGAUGAUGACUCUGGAAGUCAACGAGGGUUUGGAUUUAAACAGACGGUUAUCAUUGUCAGAUUGUCAGUUGCGUAAAUCUGAAAUCACUCGCAAACACCUGGAAGUGUCUAAUAAGAAACUCCUCAACUUUGUACAGAAAAUUCAGACACUUCUAACUUCAGUCCAGCUACAUGAUGAGAAAAGGUGUGAAGGUCUGGAGAGGAGCUAUGAUGGCAAUGCUUUGAAUGCCUGCUUGCCCUCUGCACAGGUGCUGGCUACAGAAGUCAGUGAUAUCCUAGAAUCUUGUAAUGCCUGCCCACUUUCAUGUGCUGACCCCCAAAAGAACAGACGGCGGUCACAUCAAUCAGGAACCUCCAGUGUGAGUUGGCAUUCUCCGCCAAGAAGCACGCGGACGCACAGCCUUAGCUGCAGCGAGGAAGUGUUAUACUCAGCCAAAAGCUCAAAGGACAAGCCAAAAUAG